AAAAGGUAUCGAAUUAAGAUAGCAGAGCCGUUCGUAGGAUUUUGGGUGCCCUAAGCAUGGAGCGUAGUUUGGGGGCCCAGGAAAGGGGGAGGGGGUCCGGGGGUGGAGCUCCCUCGAGCUGAGGAGAAAACAGCACCCACCACUGCAGCACCUCCAUUCUGCCGAUUUCCUGUCUGCCACACCCAAAGCUCCCUCCCCCUGCUGCUUCCCUUCCCCUGCCUCCGAAUUCAACUCAGAAUGAUAAAUUUCAGGAUGAGGAAGGUAACGUGAGUGACACAGACGGCUGCAGUGCCAGUUUAAAAAAAAACCGAGGGAUCGAGGGCGCCUCACGGGGGCCCCCUCACGUUCGGGGCCCUACGCGGAUGCGUAGUCAGCGUAUACCUAAGAACGGGCCUGAAGAUAGGAGUCGAAGAUAAAAAAAUUAACUUAACGAUUUUAUUUAUAGACAAUCUAAGGCAAUAAAAUAGGCCGGGGGGGGGGGGGGGGGGGGGGGGGGUUGAACACUUGAACUAUUGCCUCCCAGGGUGGUUCAAGCUUUUUAUUUUCUGCCCCUCCCUCUUCCACGAUAAAACUUUCCAGGCGGCCGAAAACAUCGCCCCUCGUUGUGGGGGAAAAGGUUCCCUCCGGGGCGAACCAACUCUUCCAUCGCCACUGAUUUUAAGCAACUGUGAAUUAUAUUUGUGUGAGGAAAUGUAAUUACGGGUAAAUCAUGUGUCCAUUUUUCUCUUGUGGAUUUUCCCGAAAUGUUAAAGCUGUUCUAUCAAUAGCAUAAUUUAUGAGUAUCGCAUAUGUUACGAUUACGUGAAUCAUGCCAAAUGAAAAUGGUAAAAUUCUUUCUUUUUUUUUUAAAAAUGUUGUUAGUUUAUAAUAAAUUGUGACUAUCUCUCUAGACCUUAAUUCAUAUGAAUUGAAAUCUAUAAAUUUAAUUUAUAGGCUGUCGUGAUUAUAAUCUGAUAAUAAUAAAAUUUAUGUCACUGGGACCGAUAGUCGAUAGAGACUCGUUGACGACUGUCAAUUUUGAAUGUUUAGGUUUUAAAUCAAGUGACUAGCCUACCAUUCAGUUCAUUCUAUUCUUAUAAUACUAAUCUUACAUGUGAAUUAGUAGGCCUAUAAAUUAUAUACUACCAAAACUUAAUGUUUAUUUAAGUAUUUAUAUAUAUACAAAUUAUUUGAUCAGUUUUAUUGCAGCUAGACACCCUACCCAACCCACACAUUUUUAGUUUAUAAAAAUCGGGCUCCCCCGCCCCCCCACCCCCUUAUUUAUUUUUUUACACAAAUGCAAGGGAAGUGGAUACAAUGAAAUAGAAAGAAGUCACCGUGCCUUAGAUCAGGUAGCCUAUCAGGUAGUCCACUUGAAAAUUAAAUAAUACAUUUCUUAAAAGCAGGCUUACUAUUACUCUUGAAAUACGUGGGGUGCGUGGCGUUGAUGAUGAUGUGCCACUGGAAUUUGAUGAUCCAGAAAAGACCUCCAUGCAACAUAGGCAUUCAACAUUUUUUUUUAAUUUAAAUAAUCCUUUUUAAUAAUAUAGGCAUUAAGAUAAAAUAAUAAUAUAAUACUAUUAAGGAAUGGUAGGCCUAUGUAGAUUACGAUUGUUCAAAUAUAUUUGUUCUAGACAUGAAAAUUAAUAGACUAGCAUAAAGAAAAAAGUGAUGGACAAAUAUCAGUGAGAUGUAGGCUACAUUUAAGAAGUCAUUUUUAUUUUUUUUUAUUUUAAAAUUAACUAUAUUUUCCCAUGAUGUGCGGAAGGAAUAAUGAAUAAUAUUAAUGCGAUGACUGGACACACAAAGAUAGGAACAAUAUAUGUACUUUUAAUUAAUUUGCUGACGUCUUCACUGCAUUAGUCAGAGUAAUCAGUGGCGUAGGAAGGGGCGUGCGGAAAGGGGAUCGGCCCCCAGGCUGCACGUUUUUUCGUCAUAUUGAGUGGCGGCAUUUUUGGCCAACUGCAGAGUUUUUAUUCGUGGAAGUGUGUGACAAAAAACUUGACCCUGUACGGUCGGCUACCAACCCUAUCUAGCUCCGCCGAUGAGAGUAAUCUCUAAUCAAGCAGAAGUUUGUGAAGAACCUCUUCAGCAUUAUUCAUAAAGUCAUACGUUCACAUGAAUAUGAUUUAAACUAUGGCAGUCACUAAUUUUAAGACAUCUUUUACGAGGGCGUAAAGUUAGUUGGAGGGUUGGGUUGUUGUUGUUUUGUUGUUGUUUUUUUUAUGUUUUGUUCCGCAUCCCCUAAUGGUGAUUGUAUUGUCGUAUUGAAUGAUGAAAAUGCAUAUAAAUUUAAAUAUGAAUAAGAAUAAUAAAAAGUAAUUUGGACUACUUACAAAAAUAUUGAAGUUUUUACUGCUUUUUAUUUUUAUGGAAAUUUUUUAUACCAUGCCUUCAUUUUAAACCGAAAGAAAUAUGUCAUUUAAAAUUAGCCGCCAGCCGUAUGAGUAGUAAAACAUCCAUCCACAACUCCCCUCUCUCAAUAAAAUGAUCGCCGAAUAACUAGAUCGGUGUUUUUUUGUGUUUUUUUUUAAUAUUACAAACAAUCUGUGGGCUGUGUGAUUUUUAUCAUCAAAAGAAUAUUAACUUAACUGAAGUUAGGAUAGACGUUUAUUGGGUUACUAAAUAAAACAUUUAGAAAAAAACAGGUUCCGCUAUCGCUGCGACAACAUCGACUUCGUCAACAAAUAGGUACUGGGACUGGGACUGGACUGACAAAUAGUCAAAUAUCAUAAUAAUAUUCAUAUUCAUUCAUGCUAUUGGCCAUUGGCAAUUGGCCUAACUAAAUAGGCCUGCUGCUAAUAUAAAAACAAGGCAGAGUAUUAGUAUAGCCGCUAUAGAAGCCCAUCGGAUGCAUCUGUCUUAGACGAUAGACGUUACGUAUAUAGUAUAUUUAAUAUUAUAUAUGCCCCUAAAUUAUAGUUAUAGUUAGUCUCCCAUGCCCAUAUGCCUAUACUUAUACACAGUAAAUGACAGUACUAAACUGGUUAUUACUAGGUAUAUCCCAGGCUCAGUAACUAUAAUUACUAUAAAUUAUAAAUCAUAAAUAAAUGUAAGUAUUCUAGGGCUCCUAAUAAUAUAUAAUAAAUUGUUUAUAAAUAAACUGUAGGUGUAGGCCUAUGGACUAUGGUAAUGGUAGGGCCUAUAUAUAUAACUGCAAAAAUAUGUCACAAUCUGUCACAUUAUUCAUUGUAUUAUAUAUUUGAAUUUAAGCUAUUUUCAAGUGUUGUCACUGUUGAACAUGUUGAGUGUUGAACCAUUUGGACAUGAUGUGGUGUUUGGUUAAUUGUGUUAAUAAUUUAUGAAAUUCAAAGCAGACAAUUGACAAUAGUUAUAUUUUCAUGCACUUUUAUUAAUUAAUUAUAUAAACAAUAAUAUAGUAACAUGCAUUCUUUGUAUCAUGAUUUCACUUUUGAAAAUGUUCUUCUAUUAAAAACUUCUGUAACCUUCAAAUUUGAAGUUCAUUACUUGAAUAUUUAAUGUUAUGUCUUAUAACAUAAGAGCUUUAUAAUAUAUAUCAUUAUAAAGAUUCACAUCUUCCUUUAUUUUUAAAUUUUAAGAAUCAAAUUGUGAAAAGAUGAGCUCCUCUACUUCUACAUAUUUUGAUGAUGAUGAGGGCCCUAGGGAAAUUUCUGGUUUUGUUUCACUAGAACUUAUACUUCAACAUGCUCAUUACGGUACAGCUUCAGUUUUCAGAGUAGAAUUUCCACUAGUUUCUUCCAUAAAGUUGCUGAAAAAAGAUAUGGAACCAAGGGUAGGUGACUUAUAGUUAUAAGUGUUAAUUAAGUAUUUGCAAGUAUUAUUCAAAAUCCUGUGUAUGACUCUUCAAAUGCUCAUGCAAAAAGUCAUGUUUAAGCUGUUUAGAAUUAAAAUGAAAACAGUCCUUCAUAAUUUAGUAACUAAAUCAUCCUGCAUUAAACCAUAGCUUGCGAUUUCCUUACUGCAUUUAACUAUAGGUUCAUUCUGCUGAAACUAAUUGUGCUAAUUCCUAUUGGUAAUUCAUUCUUUUAAUUAAUAAUCAACUAAUCAACAGAUCAAGGUUAAACCAGAAUUCCAAGAGUGGUUUUACAAAGGGAUUUUAUUGAAAGACGAUGACACUAUGCUGAGCCUAAAAGUGAAAGUUGAUGACAAAAUUGUUGUGAAGGAGAGGACAUCAUAAGCAUGUUUGAUUGGUUUUUAAGUGAUUCAGUGAAGUGUGAAGAAUUUGUUCACCACAAACUCAAAAAAUUAUGUUGAAUUUAAGCAUUUUAAUUCCCCUAUUGUGAGUAAGAACCGAAAAAAGUAUGUUGUUCUUUUUUACUUUACAAAUAUUUAGUGUUUGGCUUGAAAUAAUCUCAUCAAUUUUGUUUUGAUAUUCUAGAUUCUGUCCUAAGAAUCAUUUGUAUUUUUAGUGGGUUUUUUAUUUGUUAAGCGCUUUUUGUUCAUGACGUGUAGGUUGACCCACCCUAUGCCUCUAACUUUUAAAUUUAAAAUUUUUUUUUAAAAUAAGAUUUAUCUUACUGACAGCACAAUCAUCAAGAACGGAAUAUUAUAUUUUUGUUAUCUUGUGAAUAUUGAAAACUUUACCAAUAUUUAUGAUGACAAUUAUGAUGAUUUAAUUUAUCUAUAGGUCUUAUUAUUGAAAAACUUUGUAAGCUAUUAAAAAUCUGCCCCAUUAUACAUAUUCUCAAAGAAACGUGGCUGUAUACAAUUUUGUAAGUUACAAGUCUUUGUUUGAUCUAGUUGAAACCUAGAAAUAAAUGGUGUGCUUGUUGUUUAUACAAAAUUCCAUGUAUGUAAAUUGAAACAUUUCACAUAAAUAUUUCUUAGCUGUUUUAGUUGUACAUACAAUAAACAUACAUCAUAAAAACCUCAAAGUUGUUGUUUUAUAAUAAUUUAUAUUGAACAAAUAUAUUUUAUUUAAGUACCGGUAUGUAAAAAACGCAUCACCU